AGGAUUUGAUUCUUCCUCUAGCACAGAGCUGCCCCUCCCUCCUCCCGUGAAGCAGCAGCAGUCUGCAGUCUAUAGAGUAGGGCUUGGAAGGCUGCCUGUCAGUUGCACUCACUGCUCAGACAUUAGCUCCUGUCUCACAGACACUGCUGCAGUCUCCUCCUGGCUGAUCGUCUCAAGUGAGCAGUAGGCACAGCACACAGCUUGUGGGGUCCUGAGUGAUGGCAGCGAUACGGAAAAAGCUAGUAAUUGUUGGGGAUGGUGCAUGCGGAAAGACCUGCCUCUUGAUAGUAUUCAGUAAGGAUCAGUUUCCUGAGGUCUAUGUGCCAACUGUUUUUGAGAACUACAUUGCUGACAUUGAAGUGGAUGGAAAACAGGUGGAACUGGCUCUGUGGGACACAGCAGGACAGGAGGAUUACGACAGGCUGCGCCCACUCUCUUACCCUGACACCGAUGUUAUUCUCAUGUGUUUCUCAAUUGACAGUCCAGACAGUUUAGAGAACAUUCCAGAGAAGUGGACGCCUGAAGUGAAACAUUUCUGCCCUAAUGUGCCCAUCAUUCUAGUCGGCAACAAAAAAGACCUUAGAAAUGAUGAACAUACCCGGAGGGAGCUGACAAAAAUGAAACAAGAGCCUGUUAAGCCAGAAGAUGGAAGAGAAAUGGCAAACCGAAUUAACGCCUUUGGUUACCUUGAAUGCUCUGCCAAGACAAAAGAUGGCGUCCGGGAAGUGUUUGAAAUGGCAACACGAGCAGCCUUGCAAGUCCGAAAACACAGGAAGAAGCAACGUUGCUCCAUCUUAUAAAAAAAAUGUCCUAGAGCCUUUUGGAAAGACCAAAAGAACAAAGUGAGUAGCUACUAUUGCUGCUGCAGCAUCUGCUAUAAGAUGCCAGAGACUUCAGUAGCAAAGAGCUAUAUGCACCGUUUGUACUUUAAAUGUAUGUAUUCAUGUUUUUUUGUUUAAUUGUUUCCCCAACUAAACCCCUUCGUAGAGUUAUGCGAGUUUGGGAUUACAGAAACGUCUUCAGGAAGCACUGACUGCAGUACCUUCCUUCUCCACUUCUAAUCCAUACACCGGAUAAAAAAUUGUUUUAGAAAUUAAAAGCACAUAUGGGGUUCUGGGAGACUUUUUUUUUUUUUUUUCCCUUCUUUUUCUGUGCUAUAGAUAGAUAUACAUGUACACUAAAAAAUGUGUGUGUGUAUAUCAUACAUACAUACAUACACACAUACACAAACAAACACACAUACACACACAAACACUAAAUAUAUAUUAUUAUGCGCAAAUCUCCUUCCAAAAUGACUUGUUGAGGCUUAUUGCUAUGUUGGGCUGUGUAGCUGCAAAGGAGCUACAUUAGAAUAAAUUGUUUCUUAAGCCUUUAAAGAUUAUACUUUCUGGGAAUCUUGCACAGCACAAUAUGAUCUACAGACAAAUUGCACUAUUGUUGCCUAUGUCAUGGCUUCUAUUCGGCAUGUUGCUUUUAGCAGUCAUUUCAUGUAAUAAACUCUAGUGAUAUUAGCGUAAAAAAAAGUUUUGCCAUGUAAAAGAGGAUCACUGCUAUUAAAGCUGUCAUCACUUGUAAAAGUCCAAAAUAGUACAGAAAUAGUUUGCAUUCUCACAGCUGUACAAGUUAUUGAUCCGUUCCUAAAUUUCACGAAACUCCUCAGACCAGUAAUGCCCACGCUGCUAAAGAUUGUAAAUGCCCUACAUUGUAAAUUAUUUUCUUGAAAUCGCUAUUAACAUAUUUGUGUAUCAUGUUUACCAUAAUCUGCUUCUGCUAACGAUCAUUCAGACUUCCACAAAGAGCAAUUGUUAGGUUCUAACUUGCCCACAUUAUACCAAGCAUGUGACCUCUAUUAGGCCCAUAAAUACAGAAGAAUGGAGCAGGAUAUUUUUUUUACGCGAAGCAUGCCGGAAUGUGCCCUGUUUGGUAACGAUGUCACAGAACGCAUGUGACUUUGGGCGUAUUUGCUUAUGCCACUUUUUUAUGGAUUGUGCCAAAAUGACACAGUCUCUCUAUGGACCUAAUUUUCAUACAAUAUAUAUGCCCCUUCUCAGCCUCUCAUAAAAGGUUGGCUGAUGGCCAUUAUGGCUCUAGCACAGAAACAUGGCACUAGGGCCAUGCCACUGCACAAGGGCAUUGUUUUAUAUUUAUAUAGUAGUACAAAAAGUAUAUAAUAAUAAGUGUAUUUAAGGGUGUAUGAAUUCUGUUGGGAACUUGUGGCAUUAUAACGCACAAGACCUAAGCAUAGGCACAGCUGCACCCAUGUACUUUGUGUCUGCGGUGUUACUGUACACCAGCAUUUAAUUCUCUAUUAUAUUGGAGGGUAUAAUAGCCAUUUCUACACACUGUCCUGUGUUCCAUUGUGUUCCUCUUUUCCUAUUCCCCUAAACAAAGCCUACUUCCCACACUAUUGCUAAAUAAUGCACACAUUAUACACCAGCAUUUUUGAUAGAUGUAAUUACAAUUGCAGAACCCACGUGUCUGUGCUUUGUCUACUGAAAUGUUAUUUUCAUGCUUUUUACAGCAAUUCUUCAGACUAGCUUUAUCUUUCCUUGAGACCUUCAGCUUGUGUCCCUCACUUUUGCCUUUUAAAAUUCCUUUAUUAAAAUAAAGCUUAUACUUGUGAGAUUUUUCUUUUUCUUCUUUUUUUUGCCUUUUAUCUGUUUUGUAUUCUGUUCUUUGCAGACUGCCUGUAAAAGUUGUAUUUUGACACACGUGACUUAAGAAUGUAAAAAUAAAAAUAAACAUAUGUACAAUGAGCAAAUAAAGGAAAACUGGUAUUUUA